AACUAGAUCAGCUGGUUGCCGAUCCAUCAUGGUUCCUCGCACAUUACGGGACAGGAGAGGAGGCCAGAACCCCUCUCCCUCCUCUCCAAGCCCCUUUUUACCUUUUUACCCUCCAUUCAAAUAGCUCUUCGUUCCCCUCCUCUUUCUCCUCUUUCUACUCUCUCUCUCGUCUUACAGACAUUGCCUCUCCAGACAUUGCUAUUCUUGAAGUUAUUGCUAUCGUCAACACCACUAGCUAAUAAGGUAGCUUCCCCGCGCUCUAUUGUCUCUCACAAUACUAUUGUUAUGCAGCCAAUACUAAUCAUUGGCUCAUAAUAGCUAGGAUAUUACAAGCUCUAAUCCUAUACUUAUAUACCUCUCAUCAACUCACUAUGGCGGAACCUCUGACCAGAGUAGACUCGGCCGUCCAAGGUCUCUCUGAGUCCCCCCCGAAGGAGAAGAUUUCCCAUCGCAGGGCCAGCUCAAGUGCAAACAACACGCUACUAAGUAUAAAGGACGUGUGGGAAACAAGGACGAAGCUCCAAUUGGCACCGGAAACACAAAAGACAGGAUGGAAGAUCAAUACGUCUCCAUCAAAAAUCGAUGAUAAAGACAUACUGAAGAAGCCCUUGGUUACACCACUUGUGAAGUCAAUCGACCUGAAAACCAAUCUUGGUAUGGUGGUAACGGCGCGGAACCUCAAAGAAGGCGUUACUAUCAAGGACGCAUUAGACGCCAUCUAUCAUAAGAAUAGAAAGCGGGCCGACGAUGAACUUGAAAAACCAUACCUAGAAGGCUUCGAGUGGUAUCCCGCGCAUAGGGAAUAUGACGAAGAAAAAGACGACGAAAUGGAGGAAAUGAAACAAGACUGGCACACGCUUAUAAUACACCUAUCCGAGACACCGGGCGUCUCAAACUUUGGCGGCAAGAAGAAGAAGAAGGCAGCCGAAUAAGCGUCCUCAUCUGCUUGUAUAACCGCUUCCUAUUCAAUACUUCUUUUGGAUGCUCCUACCCUGUCUCUUCUAUAUCGGCCCAGCUCUGGGGUUAUCUUUCUGGAUAUGUUGUUAUAGAUAGCUCGGAUGCCAUUAUCUAUUGUACAACCUUUUUAGUCUAACUCAUAAUCCUACCAUAAUUGCAUCUAGAAUAGCAGCUUGAAUCGUAAGUUUAAACUAUGCCUCGUCAAAUCAUAUCGUUACGGACCACCCCCAUAGCACAUACCUUAUCAUCAGCAAUCCUCGGCUUUCAUAUACUGGAUAAAUCACCCCUUACUGCAAGAUACGA